UUCUUCUUUUUCACUGUGUUUCUUCUUCUCGGUUAUUUUCUCCUCUUCUUCGUUACUUUUUCCACCGAACAGGGUCCGAACGGAAAUCAUUUUGAACCCAAACCAUUUUGCCUCUCCCAGUUUGAGGAAGGAAGUGAUCCGGGUGAAUUGGGUGAGCAAGUUAGUGUUAACACACAAGAUCCUAGUGGCGAAAGCAUAGUCAUGCCUCUGAAUUCGAAUGAUGAAGCUGAAUUGGUAAGUGUUAACACACAAGACCUGAGUGGCGAAAGCAUAGUCAUAGAACUGGGUGAGGAAGGAAGUGUUGACACACGGGACCCGGGUGUCGAAAGCGUGAUCAUAGCUCUGAGUUUGGAUGAUGAAGUGAUUGACAAAGAAGUUGAAUUGGGUGAGGAAGGAAGUGUUAAAGCAGAUGAUCUUAGUGAUGAGAUCGCAGCCAUUAAACAUGAAGUUCAACGGAAGCUCUUUGUGGAGAAGGACAAGGAAUUGCUGAACGAUACAUACAAUGAGGAGGGGAGAAGCCUGAGGGAGGUAUUGCUGCUGCUGCUGAGCCUGAGGGUUUCAAGAACAUUGCUUUCGAAAAUGAAAAAGAAUUUUUGUUCUGAGGAGCUAAGGAAUCUUGCGGACCAAUUUCUACUUCGUGCUGUUACCUGGAACUAUGACAACAUUCAGAUAUCCAAUCUCAAAUGUCCUAUCGUGUCUACAUGAGGUGUGUACCCAAUUUUCUUAUUAAUAAUUUUUAUACCCAGUUUUCUUAUUAAUAACUAUAAAAAUUUAAUUG